AUGCCAGGAAAGCACAUCGAAAUGAACUCUCACGGAUCCGGGGCGCCUUGCAGGCGGUGCCGAAUUCAAGAGUCUUGCAUUGUCGUCCGGAUAGAACCACUAUGCCGGGACUGUUUCGUGAAGUAUGUACACACAAAGGUCAUCAAGCGCAUGGAGUCAUUCCGUGUCCGCCACUCGGCAGCAGGACAAGAGCGUAAAAUGCUCUUGCCUAUCUCUUUUGGUGUUUCAUCAGUCACUUUGCUACAUAUCCUGGAUGGGCAUCUACGCCGACAGCAGGAGAACACAGGUCGCAAAGGCUUUGCUCUGUGCGUGCUGUAUGUCCACACGUCCACCGUUGAGAAGGACCGCUCAGCUGUCGGCCAGCUAGAACAGCUCGAGGAGCGUUAUCCUGGCCAUGCUUACUCCUCUGCUCCGUUGGCGGACAUUUUCACCGGAAAGGACGUUAAGGAAGCUCUUGAAGGACUUCCAGGUUCUGACACCAAGGAGGAAGCUGGGCCGCCUAGGUCGAAUCAAAGCAGAUUAGGCGAACUGAUCGCAUCCCUACCAUCAGCCUCGUCUCGCGCGGACGUCAUCUCGAUCCUGCGUACCAAGCUGGUCAUAAGGAUGGCGCAGAAGUACGACUGCGAAGGUAUUCUGUGGGGAGACAGCACCACGCGCCUGGCGGAGAAGACGCUGGCCGAAACCGCCAAAGGACGAGGCUUCUCGCUGCCCUGGCAGGUAGCAGACGGCCCGUCUCCUCACGGUAUCACCUUCAACUAUCCGCUCCGUGAGCUGCUGAGGAAGGAACUUCUAGCGCAUGCCGAUAUGGUCUCUCCAUCUCUCACCCCACUAACUUCGAACCAGUCUGCUACUGUGCAGGCACCAACGAGCAGCAAGAAUACCACCAUUGAUGAUCUCAUGAAGCAGUAUUUUGAGUCAGUAGAAGAGAACUACCCGAGUAUAGUAGCGAACGUGGUUCGCACGUCGACUAAACUCGAAACUCCAUCAGCGCAACCUGCUGACCAGCUCUGUCGACUGUGCAACCUGCCAGUGCCCGAUGGAUUGUUUGGCAUUCAUGGAUGGGGCGGCGAUCAGGAAGAGGCCGUGUCCGACUCGACUGACGAAUCAUCAACGGGUCUCUGCUACGGAUGCACAAGGUCAAUACCGCAGUCCGUUUCAUCGCUACCUUGA